AUGGGAUUCAAGACUUGUACUCCUAACCAAGCCCUUGUCGUUUCCGGUGCCUGUAUCUCAGCAAAAAAGAACAAAAACAUCAUCGUCGGCGGUAAAAAAUGGGUUUGGCCGAUAAUCCAAAAGUACAGCAAGCUUUGCCUGAACACAAUGUCUCUUGAAAUCCAAUCCAUCAAUGUGAACACAUUGAAGGGCGUCCCAAUUUCCUGCAUCGGCGUCGCGCAGUUCAAGAUUGCCGGUCAAGACAGCAUGGAUCUUCUCCAAAAAGCAGCGCAGAAUUUUCUCGGCAAGAGACCUGACCAGAUUCAAUUUCUCGCCCGCGAAACAAUGGAGGGCCACCAGCGAGCGAUCAUCGGCGAAAUGGAGGUCAUCCAAAUCUUACGAGACCGCAAAAAAUUUGCUUCAAAAGUCAUGCAAGUUGCUCUUGAAGACUUCAAAGCCCUCGGGUUGGUGCUUGUUUCGUACACGCUCAAGGACAUUAGCGACAACAACGACUACCUCAGAUCAAUUGGAAUAGGGAAAACCUCGGAGGUCAAAUCCAGAGCUAGAAUUGGACAAGCUCAGGCGAAAAUGCGAUCGGAAAUCGAACAAUCUAAGGCGCAUAAGGAACGAAUGCAGAAAAAGUUCGCAAAUGACUUGAUUGUCGCUGAAUCUAAACGAAACAUGGAUCUGGUCGUGGCGAAUAACUAUCAAAAAAUCCAUACCGAAAAAGCCAUUGCCGAGUUGGCGCAAAAACUGCAGGAAGCCAAGACAAAACAAGAGGUCAAAAACGCUGAAAUGGCGGUGAAAGUUGCUGAGCGAAAGCGACAGAUUGAAAUUCAAGAGCAGGAAAUCCUCCGACGAGCGAAAGAACUUGAAGCCAACGUCAAGAAACCAGCCGAGGCAGAAAAGUACCGAAUGGAAGUCGCCGCCGAAGCCGCUCGACAACGACUCGUCCUUGAAGCCGAGGCCGAAGCUGAACUCAUCAAACUUCGAGGAGAAGCCCAGGCUUAUGCAAUCAACGAGAAAGCCAAGGCAGAGGCUGAACAGAUGCGAAAGAAGGCUGAAGCAUGGAAGCAUUAUAAAGAUGCUGCUAUUGUUGACAUGGUUUUGGAAACUCUUCCAAAGGUUGCUUUGGAAAUCGCUUCUCCAAUCGCCAAUGCGCGAAAAAUCACCAUGGUCGCCACUGGAAACGGCGAUAUUGGCGCUGGAAAGCUCACUGGCGAAAUUCUCGAUGUUGUCGCCAAACUUCCUACUGUUAUUGAAAAUAUGACUGGCGUCAAACUUGCUCAGACUUAA